AUGAACCAAAACCUUAAGCUUGAGUGUCGCGGAGAUGUUUUCAUCCUCACUCUGCAGAAACCACCAGAGAACCGCCUCACAUCGCAAUUCUGUCAAGAGAUCAUUGUGGCUUUGAACAAUGUUCGGAAAGAACUAGGCCCCGACGCCCCUGGCGCUGUCAUCAUUCAGGGCAACGAUGCCAAGUUCUUCUGCACGGGGUUGGAUCUUCACGAACGGGACACAAACCCAUUCGCUAGCUCCGAGGGAUUCUAUCCGCUUGUUGCAACUCUUCUGGAUUUUCCGUUUCCCACAAUCUGUCUCAUCACUGGACAUACUUUUGGAGGCGCCUCAGUGAUGACACUGGCCCACGACUAUCGCAUCAUGAAUGCUACCCGUGGGAACUGGUGUAUGCCGGUAGCAGAACUUGGCCUGCACUUCGAUGGAAUGGGUGCCCUUUUGAGAGCCAAGCUGCCGCCACAGACAGCCAGGAAGGUCAUCCUGCAGGGUCACAAGUUUACUUCAAGUGAGGCAUUGGCGGAUGGUAUUGUGGAUGAGAUUGCUCCGCCGGAAGACAUGCUGGACUGUGCCUUGCAGCUCGCCAACAAGGUGAAGUCCAAGGCAAAGAUGGGUGUCUAUGGAUUGUUGAGGGGGGAGCUGUAUGGAGAGGCGCUAAGGGCGUUCCAGCAGAUUAGUUACGUUCAUUCUCGCCUCAAUUCCCGUCAGGCAAAGGUCAAGCUAUAA